GCAUCGGUGCGCAUGCGCGCCGCUCCGCCGCAAGAUGUCAGCUCAGGGGGAUUGCGAGUUUCUGGUGAAGCGAGCCCGCGAGCUGGUGCCGGGAGAUCUAUGGGCGGCCAAGGCCUGGCUCAUCACGGCGCGGAGCCUCUAUCCCGCCGACUUCAAUAUCCAGUAUGAGAUGUACACCAUCGAGAGGAACGCGGAGAGGACGGCGUCGGCGGGCAGGCUGCUCUAUGACAUGUUUGUGAACUUUCCGGACCAGCCUGCAGUGUGGAGGGAGAUCAGUGUUAUUACAGCAGCGCUGAGGAAUGAUUCACAGGACAAGCAGACUCAGUUUUUAAGGGGAUUAUUUGAAACCCUUCCUGGUCGAGUGCAGUGUGAAAUGUUACUGAAGGCCACAGAGCAGUGUUUUAACACACUAGAAAGGGCAGAAAUGCUACUGCUACUUCUGCGACGCUUCCCAGAGACUGUGGUACAACAUGGGGUUGGCCUUGGAGAAACAUUAUUAGAAGCUGAAAAUAUUGAAGACCAAGAAUCCCCAGUGAAUUGUUUUAGAAAAUUGUUUGUUUGUGAUGUUCUUCCUCUAAUAAUUAACAACCCUGAUGUUCGACUUCCUGCCAGCUUGUUAUAUAAAUACCUGAAUAAAGCAGCAGAAUUUUAUAUUAACUAUGUAACUAGAUCUACACAGACAGAAAGCCAGUAUCAAGGUUCACAAGAUUCAUCUGAUCUUAUGUCUCCAAGCAAACGUAGCUCUCAGAAAUACAUAAUAGAUGGUCUGACAGAGAAAUCAUCCCAGAUUACAGAUCCGUGGGAGAGGCUGUUUAAAAUAUUGUCUGUGGUGGGAAUGAGGUGUGAAUGGCAAAUGGAUAAAGGAAGAAGAAGUUUUGGAGAUAUUUUGCAUAGAAUGAAAGACCUCUGCAGAUACAUCAGUAACUUUGAUAGUGAUGCUCAUGCUAAAUACAAGAAUCAAGUAGUGUAUUCUACAAUGUUGGUCUUCUUUAAGAAUGCAUUCCAGUACGUCAGCAAUAUCCAGCCAUCUCUCUUCCAAGGUCCAAAUGCUCCAAACCAAGCCCCACUGAUUCUUCUUGAGGAUGUGACCAAUGUCUAUGGUGAUACAGAUAUUGAUCGUAACAAACACAUACACAAAAAGAGAAAACUUGCUGAAGGGAGAGAAAAAACAAUGAGCUCAGAUGAUGAGGAUCCUUCUGGAAAGGCACGAAGUCGUCAUAUUGCAGUUAAUAAGGCAGACCUUGCAAACUCUAUUGAAGUACUAGAGAGCUUUAAACUGGCAAGAGAGAGCUGGGAGCUGCUCUGUUCACUGGAAUCACUUGACAAAGAGUUCACCAGAAUUUGUUUGUCAUGGAAGACUGAAACCUGGCUUUGGUUAAGAAUCUUUCUUACGGACAUGAUUAUUUACCAGGGGCAGUACAAAAAGGCAAUUAGCAGCCUGCAUCACUUAGCAGCUCUUCAGGGAUCUCAUUCUCCACAACAAAUUACAGGACAAGGAUCACUAGAAAAUCAGAGAGCGCUAAUCCAGUUAGCAACCUGCCACUUUGCCCUGGGAGAGUACCGGCAAACAUGUGAAAAAGUGCUUGACCUCAUGUGCUAUAUUUUACUUCCAAUACAAGAAGGAGGUAAAGUACAGGAGGAGCAUCCCAAAGUCAAGUCUAAAUUCAGAAAAGGGUCUGAUUUGAAGCUUUGGCCAUGUACCAGUAGAGCUAUCAUGCCUUAUUGCCUUCAUCUGUUGUUAGCUUGUUUCAAGCUCAGAGCUUUCACUGACAACAGAGAUGACACGGCAUUGGGCCAUGUGAUUGUUCUACUUCAGCAUGAGUGGCCAAGGGGUGAAAAUUUGUUCCUGAAAGCCAUCAACAAAAUCUGCCAGCAAGGGAACUUCCAGUAUGAGAAUUUUUUCAACUAUGUCACAAAUAUUGACAUGUUGGAGGAAUUUGCUUAUCUAAGAACACAGGAAGGUGGGAAAAUCCAUCUGGAACUGUUGCCAAAUCAAGGAAUGCUGAUCAAGAAUUCUAGCCCACCCAUGGGGUUACUACAGCAGGAAUUCAUACCUGUGCUACAGCCCAGCAUACAGACUGCUGACAGGCAUCACACAGUUACCCGGGGUAUAACUAAAGGAGUGAAAGAAGACUUCCGCCUGGCCAUGGAGCGCCAAGUCUCACGCUGUGGGGAAAAUCUCAUGGUGGUCUUGCAUAGGUUCUGCAUUAAUGAGAAAAUACUGCUCCUUCAGACUCUGUCUUGAAUGGACUGGAUCAUGAUGCACCGUCUCCCACGGAGAGAGAGGCUUUUAGCUAUCCUGACAGCAGCAGAGCAGUAGAAAAGUCGCUUGUCUAAAGGUACAGAAGUUCCCUGCAAGCAAUAAGUUCUGCAGUACAAGAACACAGCUCAGCAUUUGGCCACUGCUUGGUUUCCUUGUGAAAUCAGAUUGAACUCUAUAAAUAAAACUUGGUUUAAAAAGC